UCUAAAUUAGAUUUCUAAGUGCAGGUCCGGAUUAGAGUUUAGAGUGACCCUGUAGGCAGGCCUAGUGCGGAGGAGCCCCAUGCCGUGAAUUUAGUCUUUUGUUCAAUUAUCAAUUCGUUUCGAUCUCGGGAAAGAAACACGUCUUUCAACUUACGUGUAAACAUUGAUCAUCAUCACCCCAAAUUAAAUAAUUCUUCUUCUGCUCAAUCUUCCCGAUCCCGUUUUCUUGUGAUUGAUUCUAUAUACUUGUGUUAAUCCAACUGGAUGAUCUUCUUCAGAUACAUAUGCGGAUAGAUCGGGUUUCAGAAUCAAUCGGCUCGACUACUCGGAGUUGAAUUUCCGAUAGCAGAGUAUAAAAAAUUAACCGCCUUAGGGUUUUCAGAUUUGAAGCUCUGGGUGCCAAUCAGUCAAGGCAGAGACCUCUGCCUUCAUCGCCGGCAGGUGGAUUAUGGUUCUUUCUCCGUCCUAGUCCUCCUCUGCCCCAUUCUCUCCACUACCUCCCUGCUCCGCAAAUGGACUUCGUCAGCCGCCAUACUUCCGACCACCCACCACAUACUCCUUCUUCCUCCUCCUCUUCUUCCGCCCCGCCUGAGGAGCCCGAGUAUGUUGCCCGGUACAUGGUCAUCAAGCACUCCUGGCGAGGCCGUUACAAGAGAAUUCUCUGCAUUUCCAAUUACUCUAUUGUUACUUUGGAUCCCAACACACUCUCCGUCACUAAUUCUUACGAUGUCGGCACCGAUUUUGAAGGCUCUGCCCCAAUCAUUGGGAGGGACGAUAAUUCCAAUGAGUUUAAUGUUAGUGUGCGGACCGAUGGCCGUGGCAAGUUUAAAGGCAUCAAGUUUUCUUCCAAGUACAGGCCAAGUAUUUUGACUGAACUCCACGGCAUAAGAUUGAAUAAGGUAGUCACUGUCGCCGAGUUUCCGGUUCUUCAUUUGCGAAGGAGGACCUCCGAGUGGGCCACUUUUAAAAUGAAAGUUACUUAUGCUGGCGUUGAAGUGAUAGAUUUGAAGUCUGGAGAUCUUCGUUGGUGCUUGGACUUCAGAGAUAUGGAUUCCCCAGCCAUAGUCCUUCUUGCUGAAGCUUAUGGGAGGAAAAAUGUUGACCAUGGUGGAUUUGUUCUUUGUUCUUUGUAUGGACGGAAAUCUAAAGCUUUCCAGGCUGCUUCUGGAACUUCAAAUGCUGCCAUUAUAUCAAAUUUGACAAAAACUGCAAACUCUAUGGUUGGGGUGUCAUUAGUUGUUGAUAGUUCUCAAUCACUUACCAUUCCAGAGUAUAUGAAACGAAGGGUUAAGGAAGCUGUGGGGGCCGAGGAAACUCCCCUUGGUGGUUGGUCUGUUACAAGGUUGCGAACUGCUGCUCAUGGAAUGCUACGUUCUGCUGGAUUAAGUUUGGCACUUGGACCAAAAGGAGGACUUGGGGACUCUGGUGAUGCUGUCUCGCGUCAGCUAAUCCUUACCAAGGUCUCUCUUGUUGAGAGGCGCCCAGAAAACUAUGAAGCUGUUAUAGUUCGGCCCUUGUCUUCAGUGAGUGCUCUUGUUCGAUUUGCUGAGGAGCCACAAAUGUUUGCUGUUGAGUUUAAUGAUGGAUGUCCUAUUCACGUCUAUGCUAGCACCUCUCGUGAUAGCUUACUCGCAGCAGUUUUGGAUGUUUUGCAAACCGAAGGCCAAUGUCCAGUGCCUGUGUUACCGAGGCUCACAAUGCCUGGUCAUCGUAUUGACCCGCCUUGUGGCAGAGUUCAUUUAAAACAGACGCAACAGCCACAGCGCCCCGUUGCUGACAUGGAAUUUGCAAUGAUGCAUUUGAAACACUUGGCAGCAGCUGCCAAAGAUGCUGUGGCUGAAGGAGGCUCUAUUCCUGGUUCAAGAGCUAAAUUGUGGCGCAGGAUAAGAGAAUUUAAUGCAUGCAUUCCAUUUAGUGGAGUUCCCCCCAGUAUUGAAGUACCGGAGGUGACUUUGAUGGCCUUGAUUACAUUGCUUCCUGCUGCUCCCAAUCUUCCUAUAGAAUCCCUGCCCUUGCCACCACCUUCUCCAAAAGCAGCUGCCACUGUAAUUGGUUUCAUUGCAUGCUUACGCAGGUUGCUGGCUUCAAAAACUGCUGCUUCACACGUGAUGUCAUUUCCUGCUGCUGUUGGAAGAAUCAUGGGCCUACUCAGAAAUGGUUCUGAAGGAGUAGCUGCUGAAGCGAUAGGACUUAUUGCUAUGCUUAUAGGAGGUGGUCCAGGGGAUAUAAAUAUGCUAUCAGAUACAAAAGGAGAACAACAUGCAACCAUUAUGCAUACCAAAUCUGUACUAUUUGCUGAACAGAGUAACUUAACUCUCCUUGUUAACAGAUUAAAGCCAAUCUCUGUUUCACCAUUGUUGUCAAUGGCUGUCGUUGAAGUUCUUGAAGCCAUGAUAUGUGAACCACACAGUGAAACAACCCAAUACACAGUUUUUGUGGAAUUGCUACGUCUUGUAGCUGGUUUACGCCGUCGCUUGUUUGCAUUGUUCGGGCAUCCUGCAGAGAGUGUCCGAGAAACCGUUGCUGUAAUUAUGCGUUCAAUAGCGGAAGAAGAUGCAGUUGCAGCAGAAUCAAUGCGGGAUGCUGCUUUACGUGAUGGUGCACUACUGAGGCAUUUGUUACAUGCAUUUUACCUUCCUGCUGGUGAACGACGUGAUGUCAGCAGACAGCUUGUGGCUCUGUGGGCAGAUUCUUAUCAACCUGCACUUGACUUAUUGUCUAGAGUUCUGCCACCUGGUCUGGUUGCGUAUCUGCAUACACGAUCUAAUGGAAUUUUAGAUGAAGAUAUAUCUAAUCAGGAAGUUUCCUUGAUGAGCAGAAGACAGCGACGUUUACUUCAACAAAGGAGAAAUCGUCCGGUGAAGGAAAUAGCAUCUCAAGGGCAUAACAUGCCUUCUGUCAAUGAUGCUGAAGGCAAUGAUCAAGCACGACAAACAAGUGGAGUUGGGGGUUUAGAUGGAUAUCGAAAUUCUGCAGGAGAUCCAAAUGUUGGGAACAUUCCGUCUGAUGUUCGUUCUUCUCGGGUUCCUGCAGGUGAAAACUAUUCUAACGAGGUUCCAGCUGUAGGGGUGCUUCCAAUCGAUAAGUCAGCCAUUGAUUCUCCUGAUAAUAAUGCAGCCCAUGCUUGUGAGUCAGUUGAAACAAAUGCUACAAGCACACAUGACUUUGAUGUCGGUUCAUCUGGCGCCAAGAAUUCAGGCCUACCUGCUCCAGCCGAGGUUGUCACAGAAAAUGCAAAUGUGGGAUGUGGAAGAUUGCUAUUAAAUUGGCCUGAUUUUUGGCGAGCUUUUGGUCUUGAUCACAACCGUGCAGACUUGAUCUGGAAUGAGCGUACCAGGCAGGAGUUAUUGGAGUCUUUGCAGGCUGAGGUUCAUAAACUUGACCUUGAGAAGGAACGAACUGAAGAUAUUGUUCCUGGAGGUACAUCCAAAGAAUCUACAAGUGGGCAAGAAAUCUCACCUCAAAUAUCAUGGAACUAUAGAGAAUUUUCUGUCCGAUACCCCAGCUUGGCCAAAGAAGUUUGUGUGGGUCAGUAUUAUCUUAGGCUGUUGCUUGAGAGUGGGACCGGUGGUAGGGCAGAGGACUUUCCACUCCGUGACCCAGUUGCAUUUUUUAGAGCACUUUAUCAUCGGUUUCUGUGUGACGCAGACACAGGGCUUACUGUAGAUGGUGCUGUUCCUGAUGAAAUGGGUCCCUCUGAUGAUUGGUGUGAUAUGGGAAGAUUAGAUGGUUUUGGUGGAGGGGGAGGUUCCUCAGUCAGGGAGCUUUGUGCAAGGGCCAUGGCAAUUGUAUAUGAGCAACAUCACAACUCCAUAGGCUCAUUCGAAGGCACUGCACAUGUUACAGUGCUGGUGGACAGAACAAAUGAUAGAGCUCUAAGACACCGCCUUCUCCUCCUUUUGAAGGUUUUGAUGAAAGUUCUGCCAAAUGUGGAGGCCUGCGUCUUGGUUGGAGGAUGCGUUCUUGCUGUUGAUUUACUAACCGUAAUUCAUGAAGCUUCGGAAAGAACUGCUAUACCAUUGCAGUCUAACUUAAUUGCUGCCACUGCUUUUAUGGAACCCCUAAAAGAAUGGAUGUUCAUGGACAAGGACAAUGCACAAGUUGGGCCUGUGGAGAAGGACGCAAUUAGAAGAUUUUGGUCAGUAAAAGAAAUCGAUUGGACAACCAGGUGCUGGGCAUCUGGGAUGCCAGACUGGAAGAGACUAAGAGACAUACGUGAACUCCGAUGGACAAUGGCUGUUCGAGUUCCAGUUAUUACUCCAAUCCAGGUAGGGGAGGUGGCAUUGUCCAUAUUGCACAGCAUGGUAGCUGCUCAUUCAGAUAUAGAUGAUGCAGGAGAGAUCGUUAUGCCAACCCCUAGAGUAAAACGGAUCUUGUCAAGCCCACGUUGUCUUCCACAUAUAGCCCAGGCAAUGCUUUCUGGUGAACCUACUAUUGUUGAGGCUUCGGCUGCUUUACUGAAGGCUAUAGUUACCAGGAAUCCAAAAGCAAUGAUAAGAUUAUACAGUACAGGGGCGUUUUAUUUUGCCCUGGCAUAUCCUGGAUCUAAUCUUCUUUCUAUCUCCCAACUGUUCUCAGUAACUCAUGCUUAUCAAGCUUUUCACGGUGGGGAAGAAGCUGCAGUUUCAUCUUCUCUACCUUGGGCAAAACGAAGUGUAUUGGGGGGCCUCUUACCUGAAUCAUUGCUCUAUGUACUGGAACGAAGUGGGCCAGUUUCUUUUGCAGCAGCAAUGGUUUCUGAUUCUGACACUCCGGAGAUUAUUUGGACGCACAAGAUGCGAGCAGAAAAUCUAAUUCGUCAGGUUCUUCAGCAUCUUGGUGAUUUUCCUCAGAAAUUGUCACAGCAUUGUCAUUCCUUGUAUGAUUAUGCUCCAAUGCCACCAGUGACGUAUGCGGAGCUGAAAGACGAAAUGUGGUGUCAUCGUUACUAUCUCCGAAACUUGUGUGAUGAAAUUAGAUUUCCUAAUUGGCCAAUAGUUGAGCAUGUUGAGUUUCUGCAAUCAUUGCUAGUAAUGUGGAGAGAGGAGUUAACUCGAAGGCCAAUGGACCUUUCUGAAGAAGAAGCUUGCAGGAUACUGGAGAUUUCGAUUGAAGAAGUAUCCAGAGAUGAUGCACCUAAAAAACCAAGCGCUGAAUCAAAUGAGAUACCUAACAUAUCAAAACAGAUUGAGUAUAUUGAUGAGGAAAAGCUCAAGAGACAGUAUAGGAAACUUGCAAUGAAGUAUCAUCCAGACAAAAAUCCUGAAGGAAGAGAGAAGUUUCUUGCUGUGCAGAAAGCUUAUGAGUGCCUGCAGGUGACCAUGCAAGGGUUGCAAGGCCCCCAAAAUUGGAGGUUGUUGCUACUCUUGAAGGGCCAAUGCAUUCUAUAUAGGCGCUAUGGAAAUGUAUUAAUGCCUUUCAAAUAUGCUGGGUAUCCGAUGCUGUUAAAUGCCAUUACAGUGGCCGACGAUGAUAACAAUUUUCUUUCUUCUGAUCGAGCACCUCUUCUAGUUGCAGCAUCAGAGCUUGUUUGGCUGACGUGUGAGUCCUCAUCCUUGAAUGGUGAACAGCUUGUCCGAGAUGGUGGAAUACCUCUUCUUGCGACUCUUCUUUCGCGUUGCAUGUCUGUGGUCCAACCGACAACUCCAGCUUCUGAACCGUCUGCCACUAUUGUUGCUAACAUCAUGCAAACCUUUUCAGUUUUGAGUCAGUUUGAAAGUGCUAGAACUGAGAUGCUUGAAUUUUCUGGAUUAGUUGAGGACAUUGUUCAUUGCACCGAACUUGAGCUUGUGGCUACUGCUACUGAUGCUGCCCUGCGGACUAUCUCUCAUGUUUCUGUCUCCUCAGAGUUUCAAAAUGCCCUUCUGAAAGCUGGUGUGCUGUGGUACCUGAUGCCACUGUUGCUUCAAUACGAUUCAACAGCAGAGGAAUCAGAUAAGAUUGAUGCACAUGGUGUUGGAACCAGCGUUCAAAUAGCAAAAAAUUUGCAUGCUGUACAAGCAUCUUUUGCCUUGUCAAGGCUUAGUGGUUUGGGGAGCAGGGAGACCCCCACACCCUAUAAUCAGGCUGCAGCUGAUGCCCUUAGAGCUUUGCUGACCCCUAAACUUGCAAGCUUGCUGAAAGAUAAGCUAGCCAAAGACCUCUUGUCUACAUUAAACUCAAACUUGGAGUCUCCUGAGAUAAUCUGGAAUUCCUCCACUCGUUCAGAACUAUUGAAAUUUGUGGAGGAGCAGCGUGCAAUAUUAAGUCAUGAUGGUUCAUUUGACUUGAAAGAUGCACAUUCUUUUGUAUAUGAGGCAUUAUCUAAGGAACUCUAUAUUGGCAACGUGUACUUGAGAGUCUAUAACGAUCAACCAGAUUUUGAAACUACUGAACCUGAGGAUUUUUGUCUUGCCCUUGUUAAUUUUAUAUCGCAUCUGGUCCAUAACGCACAAGCUGAAAGUGGGGAUACUCAUGUUAAUGGUGACGUAACCACUGAAUCAUCUCUGAAGCAGCAAUCCUCCGAGGAUUCUUCAGCAUCAGUUGAAGGGGAAAUCAAGGAGACAGAGGAGUUUGACUUAAUUAAGAAUCUUCGAUAUGGUCUCAAAUCUCUCCAGCAUCUGUUGACAAAGAAUCCCAAUUUAGCUUCGGUGUUGUCUACAAAGGAAAAGUUAUUGCCCCUAUUUGAAUGCUUUUCUCUACCUGUUGCUUCAGCAAGCAACAUCACUCAGAUAUGUUUGAGUGUCUUAUCACGGUUGACAACAUAUGCCCCUUGCCUGGAGGCAAUGGUUGCGGAUGGCUCUAGUUUGCUUAUUUUAUUACAGAUGCUUCACUCAACUCCCAGCUGUCGUGAAGGAGCUCUGCAUGUCCUCUAUGCCUUGGCAAGUACACCGGAGCUUGCAUGGGCAGCUGCGAAGCACGGUGGGGUUGUUUUCAUUCUUGAAGUUCUCUUGCCAAUAAAAGAAGAGAUUCCAUUGCAGCAAAGAGCGGCAGCAGCCUCAUUGUUAGGGAAGCUUGUUGGGCAGAUGAUGCAUGGGCCUAGAGUUGCAAUAACUUUGGCUAGGUUUCUGCCUGAUGGACUUGUUUCUAUAAUCAGGGAUGGUCCCGGCGAAGCGGUUGUAAAUGCUCUUGAACAAACAACAGAAACUCCAGAACUUGUAUGGACUCCAGCAAUGGCUGCAUCUCUGUCUGCACAAAUUGCGACAAUGGCUUCAGAUCUGUAUCGUGAACAGGUGAAAGGACAUGUUGUUGAUUGGGAUGUACCCGAACAGGCUUCUGGACAACAGGAAAUGAAAGACGAACCUCAGGUUGGAGGAAUCUAUGUAAGGUUAUUCCUAAAGGACCCCAAAUUUCCACUUAGAAAUCCUAAAAGAUUUCUUGAAGGAUUGCUGGAUCAGUACCUUACAUCCAUUGCAGCCACACAUUAUGAUAGCCAAGCUGUUCACGCGGAGCUUCCUCUACUUCUUUCAGCUGCCCUGGUGUCUUUACUCAGGGUAUAUCCUGCCCUCGCCGAUCAUGUUGGAUAUCUUGGUUAUGUGCCCAAGCUUGUGUCUGCGGUAGCUUAUGAAGCCAGCAGAGAGAGUAUGGCUACAGAAACUUGUGUAUCUGAGGAUACUUCGUCGCUACAAACUUCACAAACUCCUCAAGAGAGAAUUCGCCUUAGUUGUUUGCGUGUUCUGCAUCAGCUUGCUGGUAGCACAACCUGUGCAGAAGCUAUGGCAGCAACUAGUGUAGGGACACCCCAGGUAGUUCCACUUCUCAUGAAGGCUAUUGGUUGGCAAGGUGGAAGCAUCCUUGCUCUUGAAACCUUGAAGCGUCUUGUAGUUGCAGGAAAUAGAGCAAGAGAUGCACUUGUCGCACAGGGUCUCAAGGUUGGUCUUGUGGAAGUUCUUCUUGGUCUUCUUGAUUGGCGAGCUGGAGGAAGAAAUGGGCUCUGCUCGCAGAUGAAUUGGAAUGAGUCAGAAGCAUCCAUUGGCAGGGUUCUUGCAAUUGAGGUUUUGCAUGCAUUUGCAACAGAAGGGGCUUAUUGUACCAAAGUACGUGAUAUACUAAACGCUUCUGAUGUUUGGAAUGCGUAUAAAGAUCAGAGGCAUGAUCUUUUUCUUCCUUCAAAUGCUCAAACUUCAGCUGCUGGAGUUGCUGGUCUCAUUGAAAGUUCCUCCACGCUUACUUAUGCACUACCAGCACCUCCGACGCAACCUAGUCAAACAAAAUCCCCUACCUGAGUAAAUGGAAAUCACUAAUCUGGGGGAUUAGACAAACUUCGUUGCAGAAAUAAUUACCGACAUGACUUUUGUGCCAUUGUGAAAACGCUUUUCCCUUGUAUAGCAAAAUGUACAGCUCGCUUUGUCUUUCCAUCCCUCUUUGAGCAUUUCAUGGAACCACAAGUAUUUAGGGCGUAUAAAUUUUGUAAGUUGCCAUUUUGGCUUCAUUUUUGUAUAGUACGAUAGGUGAGAUUGACGAGUUUAAUCUUGAAAUUUGCUUGUUAUGAGAGAUGCAGUAAUGCAUUUUUUCUUCUGAAAAGGUGACCAGUGAUAUUGUGAUGUGAGAUACAGUAAUGCAUAUAUGUCAUUGAUGUUAUAUGGUUUUAAGUAUU